UCGACUGUGCCAUCUUGAAGUCCUUUAUGUUUGCUUUUCGCAAUCAGUGCAUUCCUGCAUUCGUGCGAUGUUUUGUCAAGGUGGCGGGAGCGAUUCUGUGUGUUUCUCGUCCACAUUCCUCUUGCUUUGCAGUCCCGUGGAGGUGGCGCCCUACACGUGCUUUUGCAUGCUUUUGCUGAAUGCUUCAUCGCCAUGCAAACGAGGUACUGUAUCAAUUCUGACCCUGGUCAGUUGCGAAGCACAGGCAAUUUGAGCUACGACAUCGAAGAGGCGCAAAGCAUUGAAGCUCAUGACAUGCUUGCGACAGGGGUUGCCGCAACGUGCCCACAAGUCUUUUUUGCCAAGAUGUCUGAGCGCCAAACACAGCGAUGCGUCACAAGUUCAUGGAAAACGGAUGUAUGCGGUAUUACGUCAAUUUAUGGCAUAGCUAUGCCGUGUUCGGUCUGUUUUCUUGGGUUGUUUGGUCAGACUGAGAUGUGGUUAGGCGCCUUUUUCCUCCGAUGUUGCUGGUCUCCCAACCUAGUACAUAAACGCGUCCGCGAGGGCAAAAUUUUGAAUCAAGAGAACCUUCCAACGUGGGGCUCUCGGAAGGAAAAGUUCAGGGCAGAGGAAAGGGACGCCUUGGGAAGCCGGCAGCGAACAGGGCCGUGCUUCGGCUGAGGACUCAAGUGGUGUAGGAUGUGUAGGAAAGGAGGCUGAGAAAAUAUAAUGUGCAACACUCAGGUCAGGUCUAUACACCCCCCUCACCACUUGUUUACCAUCCCUUGAUUGUGCAAAUCGCAAGAGGCGGUGGACAAUCACAUCGAAGCUACUUGAAUCGGGAUUGUGCCCGGAUUGUGCCAUCAGCCAUCAUCUUCAGGAUCGCCUCGUACCAUCCAAGAGUCUGCCCAGAGGGAUGCUCACCAGGAACUGAUUGCGCUUUGUUGGGAGGGUGUAGAGGAUCCAAAAUGGGAUCUGAGAUUCCACUAGCCACACUGAACAUGCACUUUCCUGAUGGGAUUUCGUGAAUGGUGCUUCCUGAAAUCUAAAUGCUUGACACCUCAGGUCGAAGCACCCCCCCCGCCACCGGCACUGGACACCUGCGACGACGAGGAGCUCGAGCGCUUGCGCUGCAGCCACCGCGUGGGUUGGGCGCCGAAGGAGUUGCCCCCGCCGCAGGACGGAGUCGAAGCCUUUGGCGAUGACCCCUGGUUCGCGCAGCUGGAGGUGCGGGAGGCUUUGGCAGAGGCUGUUGAAGCGCAUCAUGGGAGCUUCAAGAUCUUGGUGGGUGAUCCAGCGGCCGAGAUUGCCAGGAUCUGCCCCUCCGAAGGAUCUGCCCCUCUGAAGUCGGGCGCCGUGCUGCGGCUGGGGGGUGCCAACGGUGGCUUUGGCGAGCCGGACGUGGCCUAUGCCUACCGUCAGCUCUCCCGCGCAUUGCACCCUGACAAGAAUCCGGACCACCCUCACGCAGGCGAAGCCUUUCGGCGCCUGAAAGAGGCGCAAGACGAGCUGAAGCAGAGCCUGGAGCAGCAGCGGAACGUGCUGCGGGGCUUCAGUGCCCUCUUCCGUGUGAAAGACGAAGGGGAGCUGCAGAUGAAGCGUCCGCAGUGUGCGCUGUUGGCGGAGGCAUCCAGGCUUUUGGGUGCUGUGCUGGCGCUCACACCCCAAGGAUUCGUGCCUCCCGGAGCACUCCAGCGAGCCAAUGCCUUCCUCCGACUGCCAGAAGGCACCUGGGCGUGGUCGACAGCAUCCACUGAAGCACUGUUGGCGCAGUGGAGGGACGAGAAAGGACAGCUUCUGGAGGCCUUUACCGAGCCAGUCCUGCGCAAUGCCUACGACUGCGCUCCAAAGCGCUACCGGGCGCAGUUCUUGUGCCUCUUGGCACGUGCCGCGCAGCUGGAAAGUGAUGCCAGCGAUGGCUGUGUGAGAAGGACCUGGAGCAAGGUCUUCGAAAUGUUUCCAGAGAUCCAACUUUGGCAAGAACUCAGGCAGUUGAUCCUCAAGAAACGGCAAGUGCAUGGCCGAAGGCCAAAGCGCGGAGCUCAUGGCCUCGUGAAGAUGGGCGAAGCGGACUGGUCCAGUUGGGCCAAACGCUGGCGCAAGCUGAUCCUGGCCGUGCUACCCAGCGGUGAAGAGGAGGCGGCGGCCUGGUCGGAUCCGGAGCUCCGGAAGCUCUGCGCCGCGCUGUGGCGCGACUUCGCGGACCCUUUGGAGAAGGAGGACGGAGAGGACGCCGCCACCGCACGGCGCUGCCUCAACCUCUUCAGAGCUGAGAGCAGGAAGAGCUCAGAUGUGGAAUGCCAGCAGGGCGCCGCACCAGCUGAGUGGGCCUUCGUGCCCGCGAGCGAUCUUCUACUUCUGCUGGGAGAAGGCUUCGUGGGCGUGACGCUGGAGGGCGUCUUCGCCGCCGGCGACGGCGCACGGCGCGCACGGCUCGCCUUCGCGUCGGCGAUCUUCCGGACGAUGAUGUGAAGCGCCAAAAGGGCGUUGGGAGGGCC